CAGGUGUCCUGGCCCUCUGGGCCCUGAUCACACACGUGAUGUAUGUGCAGGAUUACUGGAGGACCUGGUUGAAAGGGCUGAGGUUCUUCCUCUCCAUUGGGAUCCUCUUCUCAAUCCUCUCCGUGGUGGGAUUCUGCUCCUUCCUCGUUCUGGCCAUCACUGAACACCAGUCCCUGACUGACCCCAGGAGCUACUACCUGUCCUGUGUCUGGAGUUUCAUCUCCCUGAAGUGGGCUUUCCUGCUCAGCCUCUACUCCCACCGGUACCGCAACGAGUUUGCAGACAUCAGCAUCCUCAGUGACUUCUAACCCCUUGGACUUCCCUCCUCCCUGGAUGUUCUGGAUGUCUGAGCUGCCCCCCCCAAACCAAGGACAUGUUCCACCCAACAGAUGGACAAGAGAGAGAACCCACCCAGUGCUGCUUGGUUUGUCUGUCUGCAGUAGGGGUUGUUUUUUUUCCUGAUUGCUUUUAAUCAACAUGUCAAGUCUGGCUGGUGAUGCCCA